UCCAAAUCUCAUUUUUCUCUUCAACGUAACGUUCAAUCACAAACGCAGAAAUUGAAAUGGCGCCAUCAAGCAUUCUUAGGCCGUUGGCGGUGGCGAUAAUCAUUAUGUUGGCGUUGGCGGCGGUGUUGACGCCUGCCGUCGGAGGCAAAUACCACGCUGACGACGAAGACGACGAGCUGUUGGAAGAGGCAAUUGAAUCAGAACUGAAGACGGUGGUGGAUGAUGCUCAUCGGCAGAAGGAGGCGAAGGAUCAGAGUUCGGAGUCGUGGACGGGAUGGGCCAAGGAUAAGCUCUCCGAGGGCCUAGGUCUCAAGUCUACCCCCCACGACGGCGACACCUACGACGCCGCCAAGAACAUUAAGGACAAGAUCACCGACUCUGCUUCCGGAGCAGGGCAGUAUGCAGCGGGUAAAGCGGAGGAGAUUAAGAGGGCAGCCAGCGACAAGGCCGGAGAGGCCAAGGACAGGACGUAUGAGGCGUCGGGGGACGCCAAGCAAAAGGCCGCCGGCGCCGCGGAGAAAGCUUACAACAAGAUGGGGGAGGCCAAGGACAAGGCGGCGGAGACGGCCAAGCAAGCCUACGACAAAACCGGCGAGACCAAGGACAACGCAAAACAAAAGGCGGCGGAGAAAGCCGGAGAGACAAAGGACAGGGCAUACCAAACCGCCCAGGACGCAAAAAACAAGGCGGCGGAUACCGCGGAGAAAGCAUACGAGAAAACAGGGGAGUUCAAGGACAAAGCGUACGAGAAAAUGGAGCAAUCCUCGGAUAGGAGACGAGAAGCCGAAGAAAAAACGCGGCAAGCCGCGAAGGACUUGGGAGAGAAGGCGGCGGAGAAAGCGAAGGAAGCGAAAGACGCGGCGGCGGGAACAGCGAAGAAAGCGGGAGAGCAAGGGAGCGAGAAGAUGGGAUGGGCGAAGGAGAAAGCCAAAGAAGGGUACGAGGCGGCGAAGAACAAAGCAGGGGAAGCCUACGAAUCCGCUAAGGACACAAUCGCAUCAAACCUCGGAUCCGCCAAGGAGAAGUCGCGAGAAAUGAAGGACAACGUUGUUUGCAGCGACAAAGCAUGUAACACCAAAUCCAAACACCGCGACGAGGAGCUCUGAUCUGAUCUAGCUUUAAUGUAAUCCCACUUGGUUUUUUUCUUUUUUUGGAUCUUGUUAUAAAGAUAUGAAAAUGGUUUAUCGUCAGAUGUUUUAGAUUGAUGGAGUGGACUUUGGGGUUUUGUUUUGUAGGCAUAAAUAUUUCGGGACUCCAUUAUCGCUUUAGGCCCAAGCUAAUAAUAUGAACAAGUU